UUCCUACCGUGAAGUGAACUGCCGCCAUGUUCUUCUGAGCCAGUAUGACAGUCAGACGGGAGGAAGAGAGACAGGGACAUAGUCUGUGACUAAAACGACGGUUUAACUCAGCUUUUCGGAGUAUGAGAGAGAUAUUUUAACGCCACUGAACGUUUAGAACGGUGGAAGUUUUUUUGUUUAAUUUUUUUUUGCAACAGAAGAGCCGUUCGGAUUUACAGAGAAAUCGGCGUGUCCGGAUGUUACAGCGCGAUAUAUUUUUAUUUUCCUAUGGCGUAGGCACCUUUAUAUAAAGGCUGAUCUUUUUACACAUUUGGGGGUCGGAGGGUCGCCUCCGGUCGAAUCUAUAAGCACAUCCUAGUCUGUUUUUAAAAACCUGUUUUUUAACCGAAAAAAUAAACGGACUAAAUGUCUAAUUUGUGUGAAAUAGAAGAAAAACACAUUCCAACAUUCGUUCGUGACUCUGAAAGGAUGACUAUCGAUACUAACGGGAUUUAAUUGGUGUUUUGGACGUUUAAUUGAUUAUCAAAGACUCAUCAUUUGCCGUCUACGAGAUUUUAAAGACGACGAUAGGGGAAAUACUAUUAUUUUCUUCCUUGAAGCCCGACGGUGAGCGGAUUCCAAUGAUGACGGGCUCUACCCCGGCAGACAUGAUUAACCUGCGUCUCAUCCUGGUCAGUGGGAAGACGAAAGAGUUCCUGUUUUCUCCCAAUGACUCGGCCGCAGACAUUGCCAAACACGUCUACGAUAACUGGCCAAUGGACUGGGAGGAGGAACAGGUCAGCAGUCCUAACAUCCUGAGGCUCAUCUACCAGGGUCGCUUUCUACAUGGAAAUGUCACGCUAGGAGCUCUCAAACUGCCUCUGGGGAAAACCACAGUGAUGCAUUUAGUUGCCAGAGAGACGUUGCCUGAGCCAAACUCCCAAGGUCAGAGGAACAGAGAGAAAACUGGAGAGAGUAACUGCUGUGUCAUCCUGUAAAUAUCCACCUCCAUCCCUCCCUCACCCACCCACCUCCAUCCCUCCCUCACCCACCCACCUCCAUCCCUCACCCAUCCACCUCCAUCCCUCCCUCACCCAUCCACCUCCAUCCCUCCAUCACCCACCCACCUCCAUCCCUCUCUCACCCACCCACCUCCAUCCCUCCCUCACCCACCCACCUCCAUCCCUCCCUCACCCACCCACCUCCAUCCCUCCCUCACCCACCCACCUCCAUCCCUCCCCUCACCCACCUCCAUCCCUCCCUCACCCACCCACCUCCAUCCCUUCCUCACCCACCUCCAUCCAUCUCUCCCUCACCCACCUCCAUCCAUCCCUCCCUCACCCAUCCACCUCCAUCCAUCUCUCCCUCACCCACCUCCAUCCAUCUCUCCCUCACCCACCUCCAUCCAUCUCUCCCUCACCCACCUCCAUCCAUCUCUCCCUCACCCAUCCACCUCCAUCCCUCCCCUCACCCACCUCCAUCCAUCCCUCCCACACCCACCUCCAUCCAUCUCUCCCUCCCUCACCCACCUCCAUCCAUCCCUCCAACACCCACCUCCAUCCAUCCCUCCAACACCCACCUCCAUCCAUCCAUCCCUCCCACACCCACCUCCAUCCCUCACCCACCCACCCACCCACCUCCCUCACCCACCCACCCACCUUCAUCCCUCCCUCCAUCGCCCCUAUCUUGGAUCCAACCAACACACUGUCCUAUCCUGCAGUCUCUCUAGAAUUCUGCUGCUGCACACACACACACACACACACACACACACACACACACACACACACACACACACACACACACACACACACACACACACACACACACACACACACACACAAAACAUUCUGUGUUCCUCAUAGCAAUACAGUGGACUUGCUCAUAAACUGUGUGUGUGGGCCGGUCUCUCUCACUCAGACUUAACCACUAAAUAAACCCACGCUCCCAUCUGUCCCCCCCCACACACACACACACACACACACACACCCUUUGACAACCCACUUACCUAGAUGUGCUGUCUGUCUCCCAUAGUGCAGCAAAGCAUUGACGUGCCUGAUCAGAACACACACACACACACGCCUGUGUCCUUUUUACCUCCCCCUCUAUCACUUGUGUAUAUGCCCUUAAAUCUUACACUAGUGCAUUGACAGACCGAUACAGUCUUUUAUUCACUCAUGAUGGUUCUAGCCAAUUACUAGCAAACACACAAACAAACUGUGUUAUUUGACCGUAAUAUCAUGUCGUUGACUGUGUUUUGACAGUCGGUCCUCUCCUCCUUUCUGACCAGUCAGUGUUUUAGAUCAUUCCUCCGUCAGAACCCCCAUCCCCCCUUUUCCCCUGAACGAGGAGAAAGAAACUGAACAAGGGGAAGAAAGACAGACAGAUCUCCCUUCUUCCCCACCAGAAAGACAGACAGAUCUCCCUUCCUCCCCGUUCCUCCUCACCAGAAAGACAGACAGAUCUCCCUUCUUCCCCGUUCCUCCUCACCAGAAAGACAGACAGAUCUCCCUUCUUCCCCGUUCCUCCUCACCAUAAAGACAGACAGAUCUCCCUUCUUCCCCGUUCCUCCUCACCAGAAAGACAGACAGAUCUCCCUUCUUCCCCGUUCCUCCUCACCAUAAAGACAGACGGAUCUGUUGAAUACCUCUAGUGUUGUGAUGGGUCGGGUCUGCUUGCCAAUCCAAGCCAAGGGAAAGAACCAAUCUGGAAUUAAGUGUUAUUUUCUUUCAAAUCUCUUUCUUCUUCACUUAAAGAAAGAUAAAGGCUUGGAUUCUUUGCACAACAAUGAACGCAUGUGCCCCCCACAGCCCCCACCACCACCACCGAACGACCUGUAAAAAGAGUUUCUUAUUUUACUUAGUAUUUUUCCAAUGGGAAUAAUAUUUAAAAAAAAUAAACUAAGGUAACAUAUGUGUAGAAUAUAUUGAAUAUAAAUAUUCUCUAGAACAUGAUGAUGCCUCUAGAUCCUGUUGAUGCCAGUAUAUUGAUGUUUUUAGUGUCUCUGUGUGCACCAUCAUUAACUAGCUAGCUUCCUAGGCAGAAGUUCAAACUGUCACCUUGCUGAUGACGCUACAGUACGUCCCAAAGGACACCCUAAAUCAGAUCUAGUGUGAUACUUUUGACCAGGGCCUUUAGGACCUGCGAAAGACUAGUGUGGGAGGUGUACUUAUACAUCAAGCUGCCUUAAGCUAAAGAAACAGGAGAUGGGCUCCUGCCUUAUGGGCUUUUCUGGCUCAGACAAGGCUACUUACUUUUGUAGGGUCUGGGUCCAAAGUAGUGCACUAUAUAGGGAAAAAGGGCCCUGGUCCAAAGUAGUGCACUAUAUAGGGAAUAGGGCCCUGGUCCAAAGUAGUGCACUAUAUAGGGAAAGGGCCCUGGUCCAAAGUAGUGCACUAUAUAGGGAAUAGGGCCCUGGUCCAAAGUAGUGCACUAUAUAGGGAAAGGGCCCUGGUCCAAAGUAGUGCACUAUAUAGGAAAUAGGGCCCUGGUCAAAAGUAGUGCACUAUAUGGGGAAUAGGGUCCUGGUCCAAAGUAGUGCACUAUAUAGUGUGCCAUUUAGGGCAUAGUCAACUUGUUGUCCUUUAAGCAGCAAAACAGAACCAUCCUCCUAAUCAUUGACAUACAGAACUAUUUGAAACAUUUUUUUAAAUGUGUUUUUAUUUGCUGUAAUUUUUUUUUCAACUGUUCAUAGUUUAAUAUAAUCCUUUUUUCUUUCUCUCUCUCUGUGUGUUUUAUUUUGCUUUGUAACAGCACUAGGUCUUAAAGGUUCUGUCCCUAAUGACACCCUAUUCCCUAUAUGUUGGCUCUUGGCUCUGGGCCAAUAAGGCUCUGGGCCAAGAGGUAGUUCACUACGAAAGGAAAUAGGAGGCUAUUUGGGAUGUAGCCACAUAUUAUAGUUUAUAUUGCUCAGUGAUCAGGGUUUCAGGCUGUACAGUGAUAAUAUUGAAAAGCAUUUUCUAAAUGAUUGUAAAUAGCACUAAUCUAAUGUGUAUCCCCCUAUACCCCUCUUCCAAACAUCAAAUGGAAUAAAUCCAUCUGUCAGCUAAAUAAAGAUUAUUGAAGUGCUGCCAUUGAUUUAUGACUUGAUCCAUCUAUUAACUAAAUAUAGAUUAUUGAAGUGCAGCCAUUGACUUAUGUGAUCAUUACUCUCAUUAAACAAUCAUUAUGUUG